CCUUACUACGUAACACGAAUGACAAAAAGCAAAACAUCAGACAAACAUUCUGCAGAAAAUGUGUGACUUUAUGUCACACAUUUCAUUAAGUUGUCUGCAGCGGAAGUGCGCUGUGAGGGCCCUUAUUGUGAAAACCCUAGGCGAAAACGUGCUCCCAACUGUUGGGAACUUGACUGUCGCUUGUUGUUUGUGCACAUCAAGAUGGCGAAGAUGCGAAGUGAAAGCGAGAAGACGCAAUAAAACAGGCCGAACGGCAGCAUAAACCGAGCCGCGGAACUAGUCGAAUCAUAGCUACACUCCAGCCGAAACCAUCGCAGAAACCUGCUGUGGACGAGUCGUUCUUUUCCAGAAGGGGGCGCUGCAGUGACUCGGUGCAGACAUGGACACCACCACGUCCAUCAAGAUGACCACUCUGGCCAUCCAGAACCUCUUCAGCUACGUGGAGGAGGAGAACCUGGCGGCACUGCGGGCUCACCUGGACCGCUUCAAGGAGGUGGACGGACGCAGUGACAACGGACAGACUCCUCUGAUGUUGGCAGCAGAGCAGGGCAGUCUGGACAUCGUCCAGGAACUGAUUCGGAGAGGAGCCAACGUCAACUUGGACGACGUGGACUGCUGGUCCGCUCUGAUCUCUGCAGCUAAAGAGGGCCACCUAGAGGUGGUGAGGGAACUGCUGGAGAAUAGUGCCUAUAUUGAACACAGAGACAUGGGAGGAUGGACAGCCUUGAUGUGGGCGGCCUAUAAGGGGCGCUGUGACGUUGUCAAACUGCUGCUGGAGAACGGAGCCAACCCUAAUAACCAAGGACAGCAGUACAGUGUGUAUCCCAUCAUCUGGGCUGCAGGACGGGGACACGCCAACAUCGUCCAACUGCUGCUCCAGAACGGAGCCAAAGUCAACUGUUCUGACAAGUAUGGGACCACGCCCCUGAUCUGGGCAUCCAGAAAAGGACACCUGGACUGUGUUCUGCACCUGCUGGAGAGUGGUGCUGAUGUGGACCAGGAGGGGGCGAACUCCAUGACAGCUCUGAUUGUGGGGGUGCGUGGGGGCUACACAGAGGUGGUGAAGGAGCUGCUGAAGAGGAACCCCAACGUCAACAUGACCGACAAAGACGGGAACACUGCCCUGAUGAUCGCCGCCAAGGAGGGCUACACCGAGAUCGUCCAGGACCUGCUAGACGCAGGGACCUACGUCAACAUCCCAGACCGGAGUGGGGACACGGUGCUGAUCGGCGCAGUGAGGGGGGGUCAUGUGGAGAUCGUCCGAGCUCUGCUGCAUAAAUACGCAGACAUUGACAUCAGAGGACAGGAGAGUAAAAGUGCUCUGUACUGGGCUGUGGAGAAAGGAAACUCCACCAUGGUUCGCGACAUCCUCCAGUGUAACCCUGACACUGAGAUCUGCACCAAGGACGGUGAGACGGCGCUCAUCAAAGCCACCAAAAUGAGGAACAUUGACGUCGUGGAGCUGCUCCUGGACAAAGGAGCCAAAGUGUCGGCCGUGGACAAGAAAGGAGACACGCCUCUCCACAUCGCCAUUCGUGGACGGAGCAGGCGCCUAGCCGAACUCCUCCUCCGUAACCCCAAAGAUGGCCGCCUGUUGUACCGACCCAACAAGGCUGGAGAGACGCCAUACAACAUCGACUGCAGCCACCAGAAGAGCAUCCUGACCCAGAUCUUUGGAGCACGUCACCUGUCGCCCACGGAGACAGACGGGGACAUGUUGGGCUACGACCUGUACAGCUCGGCUCUGGCGGACAUUUUGAGUGAACCCACCAUGCAGCCGCCCAUCUGUGUGGGUCUGUACGCCCAAUCCUCCUCCUCCUCCUCAGAUGAGAUGAAGACAUUUGCUGGCCAGCAGAUGGCGCCCCUCUUCCAUUUUUCCUGGCUGCUGGUCAUCCUGUCUCUGCUUCUGUGUGGUGCCGUGGCGCUGGUUCUGGCUCUGACCGUGGACCCGGGUCUGUCCACGGCCGUGUCCCUCAGUCUGCUGGCUCUGCUCUACUUCUUCUUUGUGGUCGUGUACUUCGGUGGGCGACGUGAGGGCGACCCCUGGAAUUGGGCGUGGCUUAUCAACACCAGGCUAGCGCGUCACAUCGGUUACUUGGAACUGUUGCUGAAACUGAUGUUUGUGAACCCGCCUGAGCUGCCUGAGCAGAGCACCCGAGCGCUGCCCGUCAGGUUCCUUUUCACCGACUACAACCGUUUGUCCAGCGUUGGCGGAGAGACGUCCAUGGCUGAAAUGAUCGCUACGCUUUCUGACGCCUGUGAGAGGGAGUUUGGUUUCCUUGCUACCAGACUGUUCCGAGUCUUUAAGACAGAAGAAACCCAAGGAAAGAGGAAGUGGAAGAGGACGUGCUGCGUGCCAUCCUUCCUGAUUUGCACGGCGGUGCUGCUGUGCUUGAUCGGCGCCGGGACCCUGCUGGCCGUCUUCAGGGUCAGUGAUGACGACAGCUCAGCAGACAGUGUCCUCAUCGCUAUUGGCAGCGUGGUGGCACUGGCGCUGCUGCUCAACUGCAGGACCUGGUGGCGGGUCACAGACUCAGUUCUGAAUUCCCAGAGGAAGAGGCUCCACGGCGCCGCCAACAGGAUGCACAAGCUGAAGAGCGAGGGCUUUAUGAAGGUUCUGAAGAACGAGGUGGAGCUGAUGGCCAAGAUGGCCAAGACCAUCGACAGCUUCACACAACACCAGACCAGACUGGUUGUGGUCAUUGAUGGUCUGGACUCCUGUGAGCAGGACAAGGUUCUACAGAUGUUGGACACGGUACGGGUCUUGUUCUCCAAAGGUUCCUUCAUCUCAAUCUUUGCCAGUGAUCCACACAUCAUCAUCAAAGCCAUAAAUCAGAACCUCAACAGUGUCCUGCGAGACUCCAACAUCAAUGGACACGACUAUAUGAGGAACAUUGUCCACCUGCCGGUCUUCCUGAACAGCAGGGGGCUCUCAAGUGCCAGAAGGAUGUGUGCUGCAGCUGGCACAAACACUGGCAGCAUGAGCACCAGCACAGCAGCUAAUGGAGAAGCUGCUGAGGGUUGGCACGAGGAGUUGGACAGGAAACUGUCUCAGCACAGUUUAGGAGAACUGACCAAGUUUGGGAGCAGGUCUACACUGACCCGCAGGGACACGUACCGACGGCGUCAGGUCCAACGCUCGGUGACUCGUCAGAUGUCCUUUGAUCUGACCAAGCUGAUGGUGACGGAGGACUGGUUCAGUGACAUCAGUCCUCAGAGCAUGAGGAGACUUCUGAACAUCGUGUCCGUCACAGGUCGUCUGCUGCGAGCCAAUCAGAUUAGCUUUAACUGGGACCGCCUUGCAUCGUGGAUCAACCUUACAGAGCAGUGGCCAUAUCGUACUUCCUGGCUCAUCCUGUACCUGGAGGAGACGGACGCAGUCCCAGACCAGGCGUCUCUCAAGACCAUCUACGAGAGGGUGUCCAAGAACAUCCCCACCACCAAAGACGUGGAGCCCCUGCUGGAGAUCGAUGGAGAUGUUCGCAGCUUUGAGGUGUUCCUGUCGUCCAGGACUCCCGUCCUCACAGCCAGAGACAUUAGAACCUUCCUGCCCUGCACGGUCAACCUGGACCCAAAACUCCGAGAGAUCAUCGCAGAUGUUCGAGCUGCGCGGGACCAGGUCAACAUGGGAGGCGUGUCCUAUCCUUCUCUACCCCUGCCAGACCUCCAGCCCCGGCCCACCUCAGUCUACAGCCAACUAUCAUCCACCUGCUCACCCUCCACCUCCUUCACCCAGCCAGGAGCAGCAGCAGCAGCAGCAGCCUCUCCACAGCCUCACAGCAGCUACUACAGUGGCCUGGUCGGACCACAGCACCCCUUCUACAACAGGGGCCCCGCCCCUAUCACGUGUGGAGCUCCACCCACUCUGCUGAGCGCCAUGACAACAGAGGUGGUUUGCGAGCGCGUUGGUCAGCUGGAGGGCAUGGACCAGAGCAUGAUGGGCCAGUACAGCGCUACCAUCAGGAAGGCUAAUGUUAACGGAAGAGUUCUGUCUCAGUGUAACCUGGAAGAACUGAAGAAGGAGAUGAACAUGAACUUUGGAGACUGGCAGCUGUUCAGAGCUAUGGUCCUAGACCUGCGUCUAAUGGAGAACCAGUUCCUGCAGGAGGAGGUGGCCAGUGAGCAGGGGGGUGUGGCUGAAGUGGGAAGACGAGCCUCAGCUCCGCCUCUGUCCAGCGCUGCCGCCAAUGCUGAGUCAUCUCCGUUGUACGGUUACAGUCUGAGCUUCGAGGAGCUGAGCAAUGUGGGCCUUGAGGAGGCGCCUCGGCUUGGGAACCCGGUCUGGACGGGUGGAGCUCACCGCACUGCCAGCAUGAACAGCCUAAAUUCUCAGGAGUCAUCCAACGACAUCGUCAAACUGACGGACAGGCAGCAGGCAGAAUACCGAAGUGCGUACCAGGAUUACAUUGCUCAGAUGGCCCAGUUGGAGGUGGGCGGAGCCAACAGCAACAGGCCCAUCCCACCGCCACCAGCACACUUGGUAACGUCGUCUGAGGAGAAGGGCAAAGACGAGCCAGACCCUCAAAAACUGUCCACCAGGGGGAACGGCACCAAAUCAUCAUCAGAAACGGACUCCGCCUCCAACACCGACACUCUGGACCCCAUCACCGAAGAAGAUGAGAAGAAUGACCACGGCGCGCCCAAAUCCCUGCUGGCUCGCAAAACCUCAUCAGAGAGGGUCGGGCUCUUCCAUGGCGCUGCAGAGCUGAAACUGAAGGGCGGGGGUGGAAGUGGGCCACGGUACCAGAAACUGAUGAGUGACGACGAGGAGUCUGAGGAGUCGGACCACGCCCCCCUGCUCGGGGAUGACAAGAAGGGAGUGGAGUCCAAACCGUCAGGCGCCUCUCUGGCACUCAAAGGGAAGGACUACCUGUCGGACGCCAUGCUGGACAAGAAAGACUCAUCCGACUCUGGGGUGCGGUCCAAUGAGAGUUCACCCAACCACUCGCUGCAGGACGAAGAGGCGGAGCUGUCACAGCUGGACACAUCCAACCUGAUCCAACUGGAGGACGGCACAGGGAGAAAAGCCAGCAUUCCCAGCAGCCUGAGUGGUCUCCAAGACCCCACGCUGACCAGGAUGUCCAUCUGCUCUGAGGACCAGUGCAGCCUCCUGGCCAGCAGUCCAGAGGAGAGCUGGCCUCAUUCUAAGACCUACAACCUCAACCGUACCCCGAGCAGUGUGACCCUCAACAACAACUCCAACAACCGCCCCUGCCAACCUGCAGAGGGCUCCACCUCCUCCACUGCAGACAUCAUUAUCUCUUCAAGCGGCAGGAACACCAGCACUGGCACGGCCGGCGCCCCCUCCAGGCCUGGGCCAGACAACGAGAAUGUACGUGUGGUCCACCUGAAGCGGAACCUUAAACCUGGAGACCCACCAGAGAUUGUCACCGUGUCCUCCGACACCGUCACCUUUGGAGAGGAGCACGAGAGUAUCCUGUGACAUCGCAAUGUUGGUCAACAGAAGCACUGAGGGUCCACUAGGAGCCAGUCCAAGUCUGAGAACCAGCGUGGGCCGUGAGCAGCACCUGGUGGACCAUAGACGUUAGUAGAUGUCAGUGAUGCUUGUCUUAUUUGGUGACGUGACAUUUUCACUGGUUGUUGUGUUGUGCUUUAGUGUAGGCCACGUAGAUUUAGGACGGUCAGUUGGCCACGUAGACCUUUACAAUGACAAACUCUACAUUUCCAUUGGUCCACACAGUCAGGCUAACGAUGAAUCACUCAACCAUUAGAUUCAAUAGCAUCCAUACAGUCCAUGUCACAAAGUCUGCCCUCUUGUGGCUGGCUGUGGUGUAAUCAUUUAAACCGGUCUGUAGAGAUUAUUGAUCGUCAGUAACUUCCACCGUCGUUGUUGUUUAAAUAUUGGUGCUUGUGAUCGUUACAUUUACUGUUGAUUAACAGACCGUUGUGACGUGAACGUGCUUGUUAACGUAUGGCUGAUUGGCAGGUGAUGAUGUCAUUGACCUUGAUCAGUAGUUGUUGAUUUUCUUGUUGUUUCCUGUCACUAACACAACCAACAACAUAUACUGUGAUAAUAUGUGUCUCAGUGCUUCAAUAAAGUGAAUGAUCAGUGUCA